GGUGUGCCUAUGCUGGAGAUGACAUAUUUCAUAGAAGACAUGGAGAUGAACAAAGUUCCGACAUUACAAGAUAUAUCAAUUAUUUACAAAGAUGAUAAUUACAUAAUUGUCAAUAAACAUUAUGAUGUGAGAAUAAACCAUGAAGGACCAUGUGAGGCGGUAACCGUGGAUACCCAACUGAAGCAUCUGUAUCCGGAGUUAGUGGACAGUCAACUGGUACAUGGCUUUAGAUUUGUUCACCAGUUGGACUAUUCAACAAGUGGUGCUCUUUGUCUGGCACUAAACAAGAAAGCAUGCAGCAUAGCCAGCAAACUGUUCAUGAAGAGGCUUGUCAUCAAACACUAUUUGGCAAUUAAGCUGAGCAGGAAGAAGGCUGCAUUGCAGGGCAGCUCAUCAAUUUCUGCAAGUGAUCAGCAGUUUUUGAAAAUGAUUUUGAAGGCCGAGAUUCAUCGCCGGAUGCAGCAGAAUCUAGUGAUGAUGACGACAUUGCAAUUUCCCAGGCAAGAAAGUCGAAGUGUCUGUGUUUGUCAGGCCUCUUCCAUGGAGAUUCACUUUGCUGGAAAAGGGACAAUGAAACUACCUCUAUUCAAUGGGAAUGCUUUGACGCAGUUAAAUACUACAACAUCAUAUGAACUAGUGAAGUCAUUCUCCAAGAACAGAUGUACAUUGGUACGAAAGGAAGAGGUAGUUUAG